CACACCUGAUACCUUUCUUUCUUUACAAAUAAACAAUGAGGAUCUUUGCUUCAGGUCAUUCAAGUCACACCUUAGAAGAUUACAAAAAGAAAACGAUUAAUUUUAAUUAUUUUUUUUGCAAUAUAUAAAUACAUAGAAUCUUCUCUUGGUCAUUGUUAGUAAAUUCAACCAGAAGACUCAUAAAGAAGCCUUUCAGUAUCUCUUUUUUCAUUAAAAUAUGGAUCUAUAUGAUAAUUGAAUGCAUUUCUUCUCAUCUAUUGAAGAUGAAAAAAUCUCAAGAGAUUCUAUUUCCUGCUUAUAAACGAAAUCCUGGAGAAAUCGGUGUUAAACUUCAUGUAACCGAUUGUCAACCAAUCAACGAUGGAGAUUAUUCAUCAAUGAAUUAUUUUCUAGCUCAAGUUCGCGAAAAAUUUGAACAUGAAAUAUUUUAUCAUGUAAAUCUGUUGGAGUUAAAAUGGUGUUUUGAAGAAGAACAGGAUAAUGGAUUUGUUAGAUUUAUACUAGAAAGAAUUGAACCUGAUUUAGUCAUCAUACUUUAUCCUGAAAGCUUUGAACAAUUGGAAGAUAGAAAAUUAAUUAAGCAACAUUUUGAAUACAUACUACAAAAGUAUUUCAAUACACCAGAGACGCGUUCAGUAAUUGGCGUCACCGAGUUUAAAAUUCAAGUUUAUGUCAAUGAAGAAGAUGUAGACAAUGCCAUAAUGGAAUGGAGAAGUAAUACUGUGCCAGUUAUGUAUCGUCUGGAAGAUUCAGAGAAAAAUUUGAAUAUGGCUCGUUGCGCAAAAUUAGCUCAGAAUAGAAUAUUUCAAAAUCAGCUAUGGCGUCCAAAAGAAAUGAAUAACAAGAUUAUUUCAUUGAUACCUGAUUUUCUUGUCUAUUUAGAACAAUUAAAAUGUCUACAGCUUGAAAAUGCCGAACAAACCAAGGAUAAACACCAUUCAUUUAAUCGAAUCAACAGCAUUAUGAAUGGUGUAAAAAGUAUCAGAGAAAUAAAACAUUUAAACGUCUACCUACAAGGUCAAAUAGGCAGUUCUAUCGAUCCAAAAGGAUUACGUGGACAGCUGGUCAGUAGAAUAUUGAAUACACUCGAUGCAUUACAAGAUAUUAUCGCGAAUAUACGUCGAGAGAUUAUAACACCAUUAUAUCAAAUUACACCAGGUUGUGAAACACAACAACAGCUCGACAAGAAGUCUACAAUUAAAGUUACCACUGAAAGGCUUUUCAAUGAGUUAAAUGCUGGAGAGAACGAAAAUGCCUCAAUGUCAAGAGAUAGUAUCCUUGAAGUUCCAUUGAAUCUACAGUAUAGUAUAAGAGAGGAAUAUUUUGAAAAAUAUGGUUGGAUGCUUUGCCUAACAACAAGUGUAUUAAAUAUUUUGAAUAAAAUUGAUUUUGAUAUUGAUGAGUACUUUCAGCUGGGAUGUAUUACUGACAUUGUCAGUAAGAUGGCGAGUUGAUUGACAGGUGUAUUAACAAUAGCAAUAAUAAUAAAUAAAAGUUUGAUGAAUGAAAACAAUAUACACUGUUUUGAAUUUCUGCAAAACACCGAAAAUAACUAUCGAUGCAAGGAUGAAUGUGUACGGCUAAGAAGUUGACUCUAGGGCUUCAACGAUAGCAUAGAGUGUUGAAGUAGUAGUUUCCAAAUUACUUCUCGGUCAACACUGUCUGUCCAGGGACUUUUCGAAGUCGAUGAAGUUUACGUAGAAGUUUGAGUGGCAUUCGAUUCUUUGUUGUGCGAUGAUGAUGAUGAUACGUAGACUUACAAUUUGAUCAGCAUAUGAUUUACCUUUCCUGAAUCCAACCAGAUUGUUCCAAUGGGACUGACGGAGUUCUGUAUCCAGUGUAUCCUUUAGUCCCUCCAGGAUGAUGUAAAUUAGUAUUUUACUUGGUGUGGAUAACAGUAUUAUUGCACACCGGUCCUUGCAGAGGCGUAAGUCGUGUUAUGAACCUGUCGCCAAUAAAUGUUAUGUACUGCUGCUGUGUACUUUAUUGUCCUGACUCGAAAGGGGAAAAAUCAGAAGGCCACCACGUUCACAAAGAUAUGUGUAUUUUCCAACAAAGGAAAUUGACUGUCACACAAGUGUGUGAGUGAAAGGGAACGUAGUGUACGAAAGGUG